GGGCGCGCAGCGCUGGUACAUCAGUCGCUGCUGCUGGGGACCGUAGAGCGUUUCCAUCCUGAGGCCGGCGCGCAGACCUCGGGUCCUGGAGGCUCCCGGUUCCCGGGCACUGCCUCCAGCCGUCGUCAUCGCGGCGGCCCACCGUUCCCCAGCUCCGAGCGGCCGAAGUCACCAUGAGCCCGGGGUUCCGCCGGGCCGUCGCUGGGCAGGGGGCGGUGGCCGCCGUGCAAUUGCUGGUCACCCUGAGCUUCCUCCCAAGUCUCGUCAAGACCCAGGUGACUGGAGUGCUGGAUGAUUGCUUGUGUGACAUUGACAGCAUUGACAACUUCAACACCUACAAAAUCUUCCCCAAGUUAAAAAAGUUACAAGAACGAGACUAUUUUCGUUAUUACAAGGUCAAUCUGAAGCGACCAUGUCCUUUCUGGGCAGAAGAUGGCCACUGCUCAAUAAAAGAUUGUCAUGUGGAGCCCUGUCCAGAGAGUAAAAUUCCAGUUGGAAUUAAAGCUGGGCGUUCAAAUAAGUAUUCACAGGCGGCAAACAAUACCAAAGAACUGGAAGACUGUGAGCAGGCCAACAAGCUGGGCGCCAUCAAUAGUACAUUAAGUAAUGAAAGCAAAGAAGCAUUCAUUGACUGGGCGAGGUACGACGACUCACAGGAUCACUUUUGUGAACUUGAUGAUGAGCGCUCCCCUGCUGCGCAGUACGUGGACCUGCUGCUGAACCCAGAGCGGUACACUGGCUACAAGGGCUCCUCGGCAUGGAGGGUGUGGAACAGCAUCUACGAAGAAAACUGCUUCAAGCCUCGAUCUGUGUAUCGUCCUUUAAAUCCUCUGGCACCCAGCCGAGGGGAAGACGACGGAGAAUCAUUCUAUACCUGGCUAGAAGGUUUGUGUCUUGAGAAGAGAGUAUUCUAUAAGCUUAUAUCAGGACUACAUGCUAGCAUCAAUUUACAUCUGUGUGCAAAUUAUCUUCUGGAAGAAACCUGGGGUAAACCUAGUUGGGGACCUAACAUCAAAGAAUUCAAACGCCGCUUUGAUCCUGUGGAAACAAAGGGGGAGGGUCCAAGAAGGCUGAAGAAUCUGUACUUUUUAUACUUGAUUGAGCUUCGUGCUUUGUCAAAGGUGGCCCCUUAUUUUGAGCGCUCAAUUGUUGAUCUUUACACUGGCAACUUGGAAGAAGAUGCUGACACCAAGACUCUUCUCCUUAGCAUAUUUCAGGACACAAAGUCCUUCCCCAUGCACUUUGAUGAGAAAUCCAUGUUUGCAGGUGACAAGAAGGGGGCCAAGUCAUUAAAGGAGGAAUUCCGGUUACAUUUCAAGAACAUCUCCCGUAUCAUGGACUGUGUGGGAUGUGAUAAAUGCAGAUUGUGGGGGAAAUUACAGACUCAGGGUUUAGGAACUGCCUUGAAGAUACUAUUCUCUGAAAAAGAAAUCCAGAAACUUCCGGAGAACAGUCCAUCUAAAGGCUUCCAGCUCACUCGGCAGGAAAUAGUUGCUCUUUUAAAUGCUUUUGGAAGGCUUUCUACAAGCAUAAGAGAAUUACAGAACUUUAAAGCGUUAUUACAGCACAGGAGGUAAUGAAGACUUUUCUAUGUCUCUCUGUAGACAUAACGGACUGUGUGAAGCCUUUUAGCUUUGGACAUUGAGCAGACAAAGUGUCUAAGACUUCAAGAAUUCUGAACUCUUAAAGAGAAAAUUCAAAUGUUCACUUGAAUAUUUAUGAUCCUUAAUAGAAUAUCGAUUAGAGAUAUUUAUAAAUGAAGUAUAUACUUUAAAAUUGUAAGUUAUACUAAUCCCAUGUUUGUUUCACAUUGGUUUUGUUUGUAUUGUAUUGCCCUGCAUUCCUUGUUGUCAAACUUUAAAUGACUGUUUAUCCUGAGAAGACCUAGGGAACCAGUGCUGCCUAGGGCUGGUCUCAGUGACAGAAAGUUGUCAGUGCUGUAGUUAGUGUUUCCACCUUGCCUAACACUGUGUGUCAUCUUCUGUGAUACGGGGCUGUCACUAUAACGAAUAGGCCUUUCAGUGAUUAGUGAGAGAGGUUCUGGAUGAUUUCCCAGGACUCAACCACUUUAAGAUGCUUAAUUGCUGUUGCUGCUUUGGUUUUGGCCUAAAGGGACCUGCCUUGGUGGGAGUGGGUAAGUGCCCUCUCGUGCUUACUUGGCCAGAUGUCCCGUGUACACCAGGCUGGCUCAAGAGUGGAGUGUCCAUUCCCUAAAGCCUACAGUUCCUCUUCUUUGGGCUUCUUCAUUCCUCUCCUAAUUAUAAACACUCUCAGUUACUUCAUGAAAAGCCCUAUUUAUUUAACGGAUUGUUUAUUCAUAAAAGUUGAAUGGGAUCCUGUGGGUUUAUAAUGCUAAUUGCAUUAUACACAAAUUUUGCUGUUUUAAAGUAAGCAUUUUCAAUAUUUGAUUUUGACACAAUCUAUGCAAUCCUCUACCUCUUGGUGUGAUUCUGUCUGGUGAGAUGCUUUGGCAGGAGUGUCACUUCCCCCUACUCCAUCUUCAGUUCAUCCCAGAUCAGCCGUCCGUGGUGUGACUCAAGACAGUACAGGACUGGAAGGCCCUAGACUGUCAUUUUUUAAACCUGGGAUUUAAAGUCUUUAAAUAUUUUAAAUUUUGGUUCUUUUAAAGGUGGCAGUGGAUAAUGAGAUUAAUUGAAAGGUUUUUAUCUGUGUGGAAGUAAUGCGAGUCCAAAGUCUCGCUUUUCCUUAGAUUCCGUCUUUCUGAAGUAAACAGUAAGUGCUCUUAAACCCAUAUCUUAUCUGCCAAAGUCUGACCUGUCUUCCUUGUGACUUCAUGGUGUGUGCCAGAUUGAGUUGGCUCCCUCCUCUCCGUGCUUCGUCAUCCACUGUGGAGGUGAUGGGGCUGGGGCCCCACUACUUAUUUCCCUCCUAGUUCCUAACCUUUAUAAACUUAAUGUUUUGUUGAUAGUGCUGAACUUUGUAGAUUGAUUAUUUUUAUAAGCUGGCUUUCAGUUUUUUCUUUGCUUUUUAUGUUAAAGAGCUGCAAGUGUUGCCGUGUGAUGGGAGUGGGCCACUGUAAGACAGAAAGCCCACAAAGUGAAUGCCAGUGACCUCGCUAGUGCAUCAGUAAGAAGUGUUCUGUAGUGUCCAUUUAGAAUGUAAGGAAAUGUGAAAUUUUUGCACUUUGUCUGUUUUUAUUUUAAAUGCAGAGGUCAUUUUGGUGAUGUUACUUACCAUUCUACGGUUAGAUGCUAUUGUUUUACACUAUUGGCUUGAGAAAAAAAUCUUCAUUUCCACUUACUGAAUUUUUCUUAACUGUGAUUUAUUUCAAGCUUAGGACACACAGUAGUAUUGGAGUGUUCUAGGAAACUGAAAAGCUGUGGUUAAGUUAGAAUAUACUCAAGGUUUUACUGAAUUUCCUCAGUAAAGGAAGUAUUUUUAAGUUGAUGUUCGUUGGAUAACUUUUACAUACAUCACGAUUGUGUGCGUGGCCUGUAUUUCCAUGUAUCUGAGGACUGUGGAGACUGUAAGCUGCUGAGCUGGGCAUGAGGCUGGUCCCUAGGAGGCUGUCUGCAGUUCUGCACCAGUGCUGGGGAUACUGCCUACACGAGAGCGCUUGACAGCUGAGCCACAACGUGCUGUCUGUCUCGUCACCUACCGUAAAACUCUAGCACCUGACAAGCAAAACCGGUGGGAAUGAGUGUACCCGAUGACAUAAUCAGCAUGAAGAAGAGCACGUGUUUUCCCUUGGUGGCCUACGCCUGUUUUCCUGUAAUGGCAUUCGCGUGAGACAGACUGACAUACUAAAAUGGUCAGUGUUCAGUACGCCUCCUGUUCUGGAUUAUGUGGCGGAUCAGCCAGAACAACAAGAUCUCAGUUUUGAAAGUUGACAAGUCAAAUGUUGGGCCUCUGUCGUGUGUGUGAAACGCUAUGCCGUAUUUCUCGACUCUGCCUAGGUGCCACUGUGUAUAAGGACAGCUGUGCUGGUCCUCUCAGCACUGCCUUCAGCUGGACAUCUGGACACAGUUCACAGUAGGCCUCCCCACAGCUGCGGGAAGCCAAGGCUAGUCACCAGAAGGUACACGGUGUCAUGGAAAUUCCGUGGUACAAGCCAAGCACAGAAAUCCACAUGUCCUUUAUUUGAAGUAACAUCUACAGGUGCAACUUUGAGUUUUUGGAGAAUCCCAUAUAAUUCGCUGUUGUACCCACCAGAAUCUAGACCAUGAAUUAAAGUACAUGUUUCUGCAA